ACUCAUGAACCGUGUCAAUGACGUAGGUUGUGCACUAGCUACAUUGUAUCGUUUGGCUGAACGGAAUAGUUACAUUUUACGGAGAAGGGGAGAGUGGAUUUAUCUAAAUUGAGACGUCAAUCAUGAUUAUAGCGCAUCGUCUUUUCAUUAUACCUCUAUUUUAAACCAUUCCUCUAUCUUUUCACACGAUUGUGGAUGUAAUAUUUCAGGGAGUGACAUUGUCCUCACCACAGCAACGGUCGAGAAACUGGUGACCUUUGACCUGAGCGAGCAAUGAACUGAGGGCAACUCUCCACCAGCUCUACCAACGGCAGACCCUCUGCCCCGUCACCUCAGACCUGGGCAGAGGAGUGUGUGUGUGUGUGUGUGUGUGCGUGACUGCACGUGGUGUUUGUUUAUGAGUCUGCCCAUACUCUAGAAAGAGCUAAUAGACUACACUCCCCCUCUCCUUGUCUGAGAGGAGGCACCUCUGACCCUUGACCCUGAUUGACUGACCCCAACCAACAGUCACCACCACCAGGAAGCAUGGGGAGAAAAAAGAUUCAGAUCCAACGGAUCACCGACGAGAGGAACAGACAGGUGACGUUCACCAAGAGAAAGUUUGGCCUGAUGAAGAAGGCGUACGAGCUGAGUGUGCUGUGUGACUGUGAGAUCGCCCUCAUCAUCUUCAACCACUCCAACAAACUGUUCCAGUACGCCAGCACCGACAUGGACAAGGUGCUGCUCAAGUACACCGAGUACAACGAACCCCACGAGAGCCGGACCAACGCCGACAUCAUUGAGACGUUGCGAAAGAAAGGCUUCAACGGUUGCGAAAGUCCCGAGCCGGACGGAGAGGACUCCAUAGACCAGAUCCCCCUGAGUGACGACAAAUACCGCAAGACCACCGAAGACCUAGACAUCCUCUUCAAGCGCUACGGUGUCAGUUCUGCGGUCCCACCCCCCACAUUUUCCAUGCCCGUCACCGUCCAGGCCUCUAAUCAGAACACAUUGCAAUUCAGUAACCCUGGCAACGCCAUGGUGACCACCUCCUACGUGACGUCGCCAUCGCUCUCUGACAACCACCACCUGUCGCCCCAGCAACCGGCGCCCCAGAGAAACACAGUGUCUCCUGGGUUGCCACAGCGACCGGCCAGUGCAGGUGCUAUGCUCGGGGGCGACCUGAACAAUUCAAAUGGAGGAUGCCCAAGUCCAGUCCCUAACGGAUACAUCAGUGCCAGGGCCUCCCCGGGCCUCCUCUCUGUCUCCAAUGGCAACAGCCUGGGGAAAGUAGUUCCGGCCAAGUCCCCGCCCCCGCCUCAGAGCCCACAGAUGGUCAACAGCCGCAAGCCAGACCUCCGGGUAAUCACCUCUCAGGGUGGGAAGAGCCUGAUGCAGAUGACAGAUGAUGAGCUGGAGAUGGUGAACGAGAAUGCCCAGCGUUUGGCCGGCGCACAAGUGGCCCAGGCGCUCACCACGCCGGUGGUCUCCGUGACAACGCCCAGCCUCCUGGCGCAGGGGCUGCCCUUCUCCGCCAUGCCGACAGCUUACAACACAGAAUACCAGCUGACGAGCGCUGACAUCACCGCUCUCCACGCCCUGGCGUCACCAGGCGGCCUGCUGCAAGGCAACUUGUCGUGGCAACAGCAACCGUCUUUAUCCCAGCAGCAACAGCAGCAGCAACAGCAACAACUUAGUCUGGCGUCGCUUAGCAACUUGGUCAUGUGGGGCAUGGACAAACAGAGCGGGGACCUGUCUAGCCAGAUCUCCAGUCUGGCGGCCAAUCUGAGCGCCUCGCAGUCCAACCUCCUCUUGGGUAGAGAUGAGUGGUUGGGCCGGCCGGUGGGGCACAUACCUCAGGGCACCAUGCUGACUGUCAACACCAACUCCAACAUGAGCAUCAAGUCUGAGCCCAUCUCGCCUGGCCGAGACCGCCGCUCCCCGUGCCCCCCGCCGUCCUCCUCCGGGGGGGGCGUCCAGACGGCCGCGCCCCCGCCACAAUACCCAGGUUCCCUGCUGUGCCUGGAGCCCCCAACCGGCCGCUCCCCCGCCGAUAGCCUCAGCAGCAACGGCAGCUCCUACGAGGGCAACGACCGCGACGACCCUGCGGCAGGCGGCGGAGGAGGAGGCAUCGGCGGAAGUGCAGCGGGCAACAUGGGCAACCCUGGCCGUUCCCUGCCCCCCGAAUUCAGCCCCUCGGUGGAGCUCCUGCGGGCCCAGAAUGAGGCGGAGCAGGAGGGAGCCAACAUAAAACGCAUGAGACUCGACGCGUGGGUCACAUAAGAGGCCAUGGCGCCAACAUCAUCGACCCCUGAAACACCACAAACACAGAACACCCCCCCCCCGCCACCUCCCGCCAUUUUCCACCCCCACACAACCCCCUCUUCCCUGCCUCCAUCCAAAGAAUUUACCUCCACCUACCCAGCUCCACAGGACUCAAAGCAGAGACAAAAAUGUUUGGGCUUGUGCUCCACCUGAGUGGAGGAUGGUAUAGUGUGCUGUUGGAUUUUGUAUUGGGCAGCGCAUUGAAUGUGGGGGCUCAAAGAAUCUCGAUGCUGUCCCGCUCAAAUUGAGUUUGUGUGUUUUGUGGGAUUGACACUUGCCCUAUCAGGAUAAGAAGAUAAUGGAUGGAUUUAAAAUAGAACAUAUUCUCCUAAAUGUUUUGACUGCUCAUUGCUGUUUAUACCAGACGUAAAAGUGAAUCUAGAGACGUUAGUCGACACGUCACGUAUUUUAAUUUGAGCACGACUGUAUUGUUAACAGUACGACGGAAGGCUUUUGCUGUGUUUGCUUGACACAAGUGCUAGUUUUCCACGUGGGACUUUCUGCCCUGUUGACUCUUCUGUUCUGUUGUUAGAUAUGAUUAGCACUGUCUGCUUCAGAAAGCACCCCUUCAAAAUGCACUUUGGGAAUGACUGUUUUGACAAGCGCUGCAUGCAAAGAUUGCUGGCUCAGCUUCAUCAGUGGCACUGUGCGAAGAGAUCCCAGACGGGCAAACAGGAUGUCCGGUCGGUCAGGGAUAUACAGGAAUGGAUCCCACCGCUGCCACCAAUUUCCAACACCCCAGCCAAAGCCUCAGGUGGCACUCUGUGGUCAACUGGCACUGUCAGCCAAGGCCAAAUCGAGCAUCUUGCCAGAGUGCCGAUAUCAACCUCUUUUCCUAAAUGCCAAAUGCCUCGGACGCAGUACAGGGACACUGAAGAAUAUUGUUCAGUUAUUAUGACUGACCACCUCCAUGAAACAGUAAAAAAACACUCAGACUUUGAUUCUGCUCUCAAUAUCUCUAUGCUCAGAUGUAUUUUGUGUCGUCACCUGUGUUUCCUUUCUGAUUUUGAAGCAAUUGUUGCAAUUUUUGUUGCACCAGAAUUUAGGCUAGAUGCUGAUAUACAUGUCACAGGACUUCUAAAGGCUCAUUCUACUAGUAGAAGACCCCAAUGCAUAUUUAAGGUUUGUUUUUGGACUUCUGGUUGCGCUCUUUUAAGGAAGUAUUUGGUCUUGGCAUUUUGGACACAUUCAUAAAGGUUAGAACUGUAGUUUUGGGGAAUUAAGAGUAAGACUUUGUAUACAAUCGCCCAUUAUACAAAAGCGUUUUGAUGUUCCCUUAGCUUUCUGCAGCUCUUUGCAAUGUUUCAAAAGAGCUGUUUCAGCAGAAUGGAAAAAUACAUAUUCUAUAUUUCUAUAGCUUCAGUUGGCAGCAAAGCAGUAGGCUUUUCAAUACAGAUGUGUGUGUAUAUAUGAAUAUAUUUGCAUAGACUUCGCUAGGUAUCCCUAAAACAAGCAAUGUGUUCAUUCUCAGUGGAUCUGUUUGCAUAUGAGUGUGAUUGUGAUAUGUUUCGAGCUACGAUGCAGGAGUCCUGCCGUAGUAGCCGAGAAGUUUGUUUCAGUAACCUAUAUAAUGCUAGUGUUGAUGGUGUGCACUUUCUGUCUCACUCUUGAGGCCUGUUUGGCUGCGGCGUCAACAUGUCCUUUGGCCUCACGCUCUGAACCCAAUCCUCAAUAAUCAAAGUCAAGUGAAAGACCACUAUAACAAAUUAUAUAAAUAAAAUGGAUUGUACUAUUAAACUAGUACAAUUGCAUUGAAUCAUGGUAUUUUGUCUUAAAAGGAUCAGACUUCGUAAACUACAGUAUACACUGUCAGGCUGAGCGAAAACGAAUGCUACUUUAUUUAAAGUAAUUUGCCGAUUUUUGAAAUCACAUUUUAAUCAUUCAUAUGAAAUCAUGUUUUCAUAUGCUUCACACUCUGCGUGAGCUACGUCUAAUGGACUUGUCCUAUUUAACACAAUGUAAGAAGGCGGUGUUGAUUUCUACAAAUGUAUCUACUGUACAUUAUGCAACACAGAUUUGGUUUCAUUGCAUCUCAGGGUUCAGUGCGUACGGCUGGCACCAGUGACCUUUCUAGUGGGGUGCAACAUUGCAGAUAGAAAUGUAAUGUCUAGAACGGACACCCAUGCCCGAUUCUUUAUGACAAAGGGUUUUCUUUUCUACACGCUACAUUUCUAUCUGAACUUUUGUGUAGUCACGCCCACCUCAGUCUGAGGGAGAGGUCCCUCUGGUUUGAGACAUUUGACACCACACUGAUUUGGUUUUAACACCCUGACACUUGCAGGCCACUCAUGUACAAAAGGUUCUCUGUCCAAUCUAGCAAUGUAGUCUGAAGACAAUCUAUAAUGUUAAAUGAAAAACCUGCACCCUUUUUUUUUCUUGUGUAAAACGUUUUCUAGAUCUUACUAUUUUUCAAGUGUUUAUUUGUGCUGGUGACAGUUCCAUUGUCUUUUAUUAUUAAUAUUCUAUUAUUAUGGAGCUUAUAUUUUUCUGGUAUUUUGUGUAGGAUAUUCAACCUUUUAUUUAAUCGACCUUAUAUACAUAUGUGAAACUGGCUUCCUUUCUUGAAACUUGCUAAAAUUGCACGAUCAGUUAUUGUGACAUAGCAAAUGCAAUGAAGGAAAAUACCAGUUAAAUGCUGCAAUAUUGAUUAAGAUAUGAACAUUUUAUGUGGGGGGAAACUGAAAUUAGCAAUUAACCGAAUUUGAAAAUGUAAAUGCGUGGGAUUAUUCAAAAUAAAUAAAUGCUCAUGUUACAUACAUUUAAAAAUAAAUAAUCACAAUGCAUCACAAAUGAGUAAGAAAACCUCAUUAAAAAAAUGUAGCAUAAGAAAAACAAAUGAUAGCUAAUAUAUUGUGCUCGGUUAGUCUGCUUUGGGUUUUCGUUGUAAAGGUUAUUUUUGUUUUUGAGAACGAUAUACAUUUUGUGUAUAUUUUCAUAUACAAUGUAUGCACUGAUGUUAUUAAAAUUCUAUACCGCUUUUACAAAAGUGUUUGUUGUACCAAAGUAUCCAAGUCCCUUAACCUUAUCCUUUUUGCGUAUGUUUUACCGUAUUUUAUAUAUUAAAUAGACAAAUUGAGUGAAAA